UCCUCAUCUAGCGUUGUUUCCGAAUCAGGUGCCACUUCAGAAUCAAAGGAAGUUACAAAACUUGCUGGUUCGACAUCUUCGUUGUCUGUAGGAUUGAAAACUCCUGAGACAGUUAAAGUUCCAUCAGAAAUUGAAAAGACAUCACAACUUCCACCAACUGGAUCUAAUCCAGACCUUGUACGAAGUAGUCCAGCUCCAACAUCAACAGCUUUAAAACCUGAAACUGCCUCUGCAAAAAUUGAAAGUCCUUCUAGUAAGCCUUCUGCGGAUAAACCUGUUGCAGCAGAUGUUAUGAAGUCCAGUGACAUAAUGAGUAAAUCUUACACACAAAUUUCAAAAUCGGAUAGUCCGACUCGUAAGAUGAUAAGUGGGAGUAAACUCCCCACUUCUACUACCACUACUACAUCAACACCGCCUAUCCCUUCUGGUAUUAAAAUGCCAAUAAAUCCUUCGGAAAUAUCACAAACAAUAGCAGCACUUAGUGAUGUAAAAGCGGCUGCGCAGAAGGUGGAUUCUGAAAAUGCACCAAGUGAACUUAGAGAUACGUCUCAAAAAAUACCAAAAACAUCUGUAUCAGCUGUUCCAAGUGGUACUGGUAAGUACAUCCCAGACACAGAGUUGGAACUGGCAAGUCCACGUGCUGAAGUAAUCGAAUUUCGUGAACAAAUUGAUGCUUUAAAAGCUAAACGGGAAGAAGAUAAAAAUAGAAUACAAGAAUUAGAACGUGUUAAAAUUCAGCUGUCACAAGUUGAAGAGAAUCGACGUCGAAUCCGACAACAAGCAGCUGAAUUACAACGUGAAAUUGCUCAAUUAAAAACAGUAGGUUUUCUUUCUUAUAUUGAUUUUAACAAUUUUGUUGGGUUGGUGAACUGUACUUGGAGCUUAAAUUAUUCUUUUGAAGUCACUAUCAUUACUGUUUCCAAAGAAUGGAUACUGAACAAAGAAUACUCUUUUCGAUAACUUCAUCAUCAGGCUCUGCAGUUAUAUAUACAUUAUAGUGAAUGAAUGAAUUAGUGUUGUGAACAACAUUAAUGUUUAAAUAACCACGAAUAUCAAUAGAUUAUAGUUAAAUAGCAUCAAUAUAACAAUAAACUAAAUGUCAGAAAAAUUAGUAAAGAUAAUAAUACAAAUUCAUGGAUUUAUAAUCUCCACUAAAGGCCGGGGCAAUAGUAGUGGCUGGACUUGCUUCUUUUGCACACAAAGCACUGGUUAUUUGAGGCGAAUUGAAAUAGCCUCUGCUGUUUGGAGCAUGCGGUACUUCGCUGUUUUCGGCAAUUUAUUUGGCACACGGUAGAUGAUAGAGAAGGAUUCUUCAAUGCUGGCUUUGUGGCUGGUUUGGACCAGAUGAUCAAAUAUCGAACUGUUGAUGGUUUUCACUACACCUUUACAUAGCUCUACUGGGAGAUGUUUCUUUUAAAAAUUGAAACCACUGUAAAUAAAUCAUAAAAUUGUAUGAACGGAAAGUUUGUGAACUCUCUUAGUUGACUAACUGUAAGGAGAUAAUAUAUUCUCAAUCGAUGGCGAUAACUAAUCAAAAUCGAUUGAUAACCUGAAAAUGACCCUAUAUGGAGUAAGCUAUUGAUGAUGCAACAUGAAGUUGUUGACUGCUAACACUUGAGUUUUGACUGUUCCCAGUUCCAGUUUAAAAAAGAUGGUUCUCAGUUAUAGAACCACAAAUAGCCACUGCACUUUGUUUUCGUACUAUUUCUCAUCCACGACCCAUGUUAAUAAUAGAUUAGUGUAAUUUCGCAAUUGUACAAUCUAUGGGACCUAUGUCUACCCACUCUGUAUGUAAUGACAAAGUUGACGUCAAAAAGAGUAGUGCUAGUAAUCACAUUUUGCAGAUAGCGAAUACUAAUAAUAUAGUGGAAACACUUCUACCAAUGUGAAUUUUGUCCGUUUACUUGCUCACAGAGUGAUGUGCAGAAACUGGUGAUCUUUUUACUGCCAUUUAAUACAUACCAACCAUCAAAAAGUCGACGUGUUCUGUGUGUGUGUGUGUAUGAUUCUCCUACCUCAUUAUCUGUGAUCAUGACUCCUUGACUCAUUGGUAGAGUUUUGAGCCUUUAUGGUCAGUUAGUUUUUAAUAUAAAUAUGUAUUGACAAGGAGGCCGUGUGAUCAGAAUGUCCGAAAUGUGUUACGUGAAUGCAUUACAUGUUUCAGAUAGAACAAACUGCGUCUUAUUUUUUUUGUUGUUGUCGAAAUUCAUGAAAGGAAGUAACUGCUUUUAAAAGUAAUAACUUCUCCAGAGUGAAUUACUCUCAUAAGUUUUGCACUGAUUUCUUCUGCUAAUGAAUUGAGGACAUGCAAGGCAAACUUAGCUCAUUGAUUUAAGCACUUGACUUUUGACCAGUGGGCCUCGGGUUCGAAUCCCACUGUGCCUACCUAGAGCGGGUAACUGGGCAGUAUCAUUAACCCUUACACAAUAAGUGUCACUCAUAAUCCCUGGAAUAUGAAACACCCCUUCCAGGAACUGAGUUCAAAGAUUGCAUGCUAACCGUUUGGUUCAAUGAUAACACUCGCAUCUUGUAACUCAAUGAUCCUGAGCUCAUUGCUCCAUGCAGUCAUGUGUUUGCAUUAGUAAAAAGUGCCAAGCUAGAAAAUACUCGCUCUGUUAGCUCUCCUUAGUUUCUAAAUACAUCUCUGGCUAUUUUCAUUGAAAACCUGGUUCACUAAUGUGUUUAUUAUUAAUCUCUAUUGAGGAAAAAGCUGAAGUCAAAGAAGCAUUUGAUCGUUAUCGUGAAGAAGUAUCUGAAAUGGUUGAAAAUAUAGAAAUGAUCACUUUAGAUAAAGAAAUGACCGAAGAAAAACUAGAAAGAUUGACUGGAGAAAUUGAAUUACUUAAGGAACAAGUAGAAGAAUUAACUCUUGAGAAUCAAAUCUUGAAAGAAGAAUUUGAAGAAAAAGCGGGUGCAGUAUCAGUCGGUGUUGAAGGCGGUCCAACUCUCUUACAGUUUAAAAAUCUUGAACAACAAAAUGAACGAAUGAAAGGAGCACUGGUCAAGCUACGUGAUUUGGUUAAUCAAGAUAAAUCGGAAAUUUCAGCUUUAACUAAACAGAUUACAUCUUUAGAAUCAGAAGUUAGUCAACUUCAAACAGAAAAAGAACGAUUAACAAAAAAUUUAAAAGAUAGUGUUGAACAAAUUAUUGAAUUAAAAGAACAAGUGGAUGCUUACCUCGGCAUUGAUACAAUGGUCAGUCAGUUGACACAACGUAAUUUAGAACUGGAAGAAACGCUUGAGAAAAUUAAAGAAGAAAGAAAUGAUCUGGAAGCUCUUUGUGAAAUGAAUGAUGAAUUGCAAGAGAAUAGUCGUCAAACAAAACUUGAACUACUUGAAGAAAUUGAACGAGCCAACAGUCAAAUUAAUCAACUUGUACGUCACUUAGAUGCGACACGUGAAACAAUUGCAGACUAUGAACAAACUCUUGGUAAAUUUAGAGAUUUAGUCUCUGAUUUACAAACACAAAAUACUGAUCUACGUAGGUCAUUAGCGGAUGAAAAACGCCUACAGGAAGAACAACAGCAACAAAAUGCCUAUCGUACAGUUGCAACAGAUCUUGUCGGUUCUACAGCUGCAUUUAUGGGGGGUAAAUUCGGAUUAGGCUCUCAAGUACAAACUCUUGCUAAAGUAAUUGAAGCUGAAUUAAGACGCCUUGAAGCAGAACAAACUGCAAAUCAUGUGACGCGGUUAUCUGCUUUCUUACCUGACUCAUUUCUCCGAAGUGGUGGUGAUAAUGAGGCAUUACUUACACUUUUGUUAAUCGACCGACUAGCUGGGAAAUGCGAUCUGCUGGCUAAUCAUCUUGUUGAACGUUAUCCAUUGCCUCCUUGUGUUCCGGGUCAAGCACCACUACAGAUGUCUCAAGGUGAAACCAGUACUACUACUGCUGAUAAUCCAACUGAAGUUGUUUGUGGAAUUUGUAUUCCUGGUACUGAUAAUCCACUGACUAAAACACAAUCAGAAUUCUAUAGUUUUAUAACUAGACUAAUUCAUCUACUCCGGUCAAUGGCUUCUUUGUUAGGCCAGUGUAAACAAGUCCUUUCAGGUUGUAGUGUUGAACUCUAUUUGAAAUUCGGCUCUUUAUAUAAUGAAAUGAUUGCACAUGAACAUUGUAUUGAUCGAUUAAUUGAACAAACAAAGAAUGAUCAGUUGGAUGAGACAAUUUCAUUGGGACCAUUAUUUUCGUCAUACAAUUACUUUAUUCAAUUAUAUACAGUUCAUUUGAAAACAGAACCGCUAUUUAAUUGUAACAAUAAAUUACUGGAUUUCACGCGAACAAUUCUAUCAGCUGUUGAUGCCUUAUCUGUUGACUCAACUGCUUUGAUGAUAUUGACCGGUCAGAAUGUUGAUUGUUUAUCACAAGUGGCUAAAACAGCUGCCACUUGUGUAUCUGGACCAUUGAGUAUGGGUAAUAUGGAUGAUGUUGGUUCGUUACUGUUAAGUAAUCCUACUGAAAGCGGUUUAAUUGGCCUCCUUAGUGAAUUAAUUCAUUUUGCUACAACUGUACGUGUUGUUACGCGUCGAAUAAAACGAAGAAUCCCGAAUAAGCCUACAGGUCAACCGUUAUCAUUUCACCAGGAUGUUUCACAGAAAUUAGAUUCAGCUAUACAAUUGUUAGGAUCAGUUGUUGGCUCUAUGUAUCAAACAACUCGUUUAGCCGGCCAGUUAACAGUUCGACAAGUUGAAGAUACAGCCAAUUUAGACCCCGGUGUUGUUUUCACUCAUUGUUUAUCAGAAGCUUGUAAAGAAUACUUAACACCAGAUGCAUUCAAUACUCGUUCCAGUGUCAUUGCACCAGAUAUAGCAAUUCGUAAUAAUUUAACUCAAGUUGCUCGUAUUAUCAGUCAAGUGGCAUUAGCAAUGGAGAAUGGAGAAUAUGACUUUGAUGGAACAAAACAAACCGCUCCUCAAGAACCAGUCUCUGCUCGUGCUGUUGCCUAUAAACGUGCUCAAGCUGAACUAGAAGGAUGUCGUUCUAAAUUAGAAUCUAAAGCUGAAGAAGUACGAGAAUUACAAAAAGCACUUAAAGCACGCGCUGAAGAACUCAGUGAAAUGUCUGUACGUGUUGGUUUAGCAGAGAAGAAAUUAGAAACAUCUUGUAAAGGUUAUGAAGAGAAAAUAGCUCGUUUAGAACAACGCUUAGAACAAUCAGAAGCUCAAUUAAAACAAAGUGAAAAGAAAUUUGAACAAACCCUUGAUGCACUUCGAGCGGAUAUCGAAGCUUUAGAGCAUGAGAAAGCAGAACUUGAAGAGAAAUUGGAGACUUUAAGUAAAAAUGCCGUAUUUGAAGGAAUCAAUAAAACUCCAUUGGUCACUGAUCAAACUCCAUCUAAGGGUCAGACUGCUACACCUGAAACUCCUUCAGUUGGUAAACAAACUUCUGUUGAGGGUGCAUCACCUUCACCUGGUCCUGCACGUCUAGCUGCCUACAGAGAUGCUUCAUUCAUGUCAAUGGAGAUUAAAGGCCUUCGCGAAGCUGUCCGACGUUUGUCUUCUGAGGUAUCUAAGCUACGUGGUGAAAAAAUGUUUGUGAGUUUACUAAAUUUUGUUUUUCUUCUAACGGAUAAAUGAUAAACUAUGUGUAGUACAUUAAUACUCCUCUCUGAA